AUGGAGGGUGGUGGGCAAAACGCUCAGUUGUAUCUUACACUAUGGAAACAGACCCAGAAAUAUCAUGGCACCGUCAACAGCAUUGUCCUGGCACUCUGCUUAUUUGCAGUGGUGGAUAACACAGUUGCAAUUUGGCUCAAUCAUGGGAAAGAUAUUACUAAUCGAAGGUACGCGAAUGAUGAAGUGCUGAUAAACCCAUUGACAGUGUCAAGACUGAGGCUGAAAUGGAAGUUCUUUGCUGGCAAAGACAUAUCUGCAACCCCAGCAGUAGACAGUGGAGUGGUCUAUUUCCCAUCAUGGAAUGGAUAUUUGUAUGCUGUAAAUGCUUUCACUGGUGCUUCAAUUUGGAAGCGGAACCUUAGUGAAUUAGCCGGACUAAAUGGAACGGGAAUUGUUGUGAAUGUAACUGUGUCAAGAUCAACAACAACGAUAGUUAAUGAACUCUUAAUUGUUGGAAUUUAUGGACCUGCUGUUGUGAUUGCUUUGAAUCGAUCAAACGGGAAGCUCGUUUGGUCGACUCAACUUGACCCUCGUCCUCGAGUGCUGAUCACCGUGUCUGGAUCGAACAGCCUUCCUGGGCAUGUCGGGGCAUUCUAUGUUGGGAUUUCAUCACUAGAAGAAGCAUUACCAGCUGCUCAAUGUUGCACAUUCCGAGGCAGCUUGGUAAAGCUUGAUAUUCGAACCGGUAGAGUCCUUUGGCAGACUGAUAUGCUUCCUGACAAUGGUGGCAAAUUAGGAGAUUACGCGGGUGCUGCUAUAUGGGGAAGUAGCCCUUCCAUUGACAUAAUCAGGAGACAUGUUUAUGUAGCAACUGGGAACCUGUACACAGCUCCAGCCAAUGUGACAGAAUGUCAAGAAAAGCAGAACAAUCAGACAACACCACCUACUCAACCUGAUCAGUGCAUUGGGCCAGACAUCCAUUUCAAUUCAAUUUUGGCCUUGGACAUGAACUCUGGGAAGAUCAUAUGGUCAAGGCAAUUGGGUGGCUAUGACAUAUUCUAUUUUUCUUGUUUAACACCUAAUAACCCUGAUUGUCCACCAGGGACUAAUGUCGCUGCAGAAUUUGGUGAGGCUCCAAUGCUGCUAAGCAUAUUAGCUAAUGGAACAAUAGGUGAUGUAGUGGUAGCCGUGCAGAAAAGUGGGUUUGCUUGGGCUUUAGAUCGUAACAAUGGCAACAUAGUUUGGUUCAAGUUGGCCAGACCGGGUGGAGAGGAGGGAGGAUCAGGGCAAUGGGGUGCAGCCACAGACGGAAGAAGAGUGUACACAAACAUUGCCAACAGCAACCGACAGAACUUCACAUUAAAACCAUCAAACCAGACUACAACAGCAGGUGCAAGGGUGGCAUUGGAUGCAAAUUCUGGUGAAAUUUUGUGGUCCACAGCGAACCGUAGUAAUGACACUGCCCAAGCACCUGUUUCGGUAGCCAAUGGUGUUGUUUUUGCGGGGUCCGUUGCUUCUAAUGGUCCUAUAUAUGCCAUGGAUGCCAACACUGGGAAAAUUCUAUGGUCAAAUAAUACAGGUGCUACCGUUUAUGGAGGUAUAUCAGUGAGCUAUGGGUGCAUUUACCUUGGAAAUGGAUAUACAGUAGGCCUAGCAAAAUUCCACACUACUUGGACUCCUGGAACUUCACUCUAUGCUUUCUGCGUUGUGUGA